UUACUAUGGGGUAAAUACGGUAACGAAUGUGAUUUGAAGAAGGCUGUGCACGUGAAAGCGGUGGCGUCACGUGCUUAAGGUGCAGAGGAGAGGGCAAGAAACACCACUCGAGGCCUUCGCGUCACACAGGCGAGCUGUUGUCUUCUUUGUUCGGAAUGGAUUCACCACAGCAGGAAAAUCUUGACUCCGUUGAAGAACUACACAUUCCUGGUCAACCUAACAAAGCACAGGAUUCUGUUGAAGGACUUGCAGACAGAUCUACAGCCGGUUGGGCAGUAGUCUCGGAGUUGGAAGGGGAUGAGUUGGCUUCAAACUCGGAUGAAGAGAGACGUUUCGAGAGAGCAGAAAGUAAGGCACAGCGCAGAAAGCGCCCUACUUCUUUCAAUUCCCGUGGUAGAGGUUAUAGUCCUUAUCCUUCUGCAACUUUCCCCAAUCCUAACAGCGAAUUACCCAAACAGGCCCCUCAGGUUCAGCAGAACCAGCCCUUUCGUUUUCAACCCAGGAAAACACCACUUCCAAACCAACAAUGCUACUUUUGCGGAGCCUUUGGGCACUGGAGAGCCACAUGUCCCCUUGCAGCCGCCCAGAGGUCAUCACAGUCAAGUAAUUUCAACCCACCACAAGGACUUCAGCCUACAGAGGCCUGCAAAAAGCAGUGAUUAUUCAGGUAAAUCAAAACCACUUUUGAGAUAUGACAUAUAUAUUUGAGUGGCUAAUGCGUUACUAUCUUGAUUGAGAUCGUAUUACAUAUGUUUCAGGGGAUCAGAACUCAAGCAGAAGUAUUAAAAGAAAAACUAACAUGGAUUUGCCACAGGUCUCCCGUUCAAUAUCAGAACAGCCUAGUAGUAGGUCACAACUUGAUGUUUCACCCAUAGACAAAGUCAAACCUGAAACCAGAGGUAUUAGUACUGAUUUUGUACCUGUACCUAGUUAUCUUGACAGAACAGAUACGUCAGCGAGUAAGCAUAACAUUAAGGAAAAUCUUAAGAGGCACAUCUCAUUUUGGAAGGAUAUAGAAGCUCCAGAAUUCAUCAUUAGAACUAUUAUGGAAGGUUACAUCAUCCCCUUUGUGGAGUCGCCUCCCUUGUCUAUUAGUAAGAACAACGCUUCUGCUGUAAAACAUAGCGACUUUGUCUCUGAGGCUAUCCAGGAUCUCCUGUUAAACAACUGUAUUGUUGAAGUCGUAGACUUACCUCAGGUUGUAAAUCCCCUAUCAGUUUCUAUUAAUAGCUCUGGUAAGAAAAGGUUGAUUUUAGACCUAAGAGUGGUAAACAAAUAUGUUUGGAAAGAAAAGAUAGUCUUUGAGGAUUACAAGAUUGCUUUGGAUUUCGUUAGACCUUGUGGAUACAUGUACAAGUUUGAUCUUAAGUCUGGGUAUCACCACAUAGAUAUUCACCCUAGUCAACACACGUUUUUGGGCUUUUCUUGGUCAGUUAAAGGUGUACAGCGUUUUUAUUGUUUCACAGUUUUACCUUUUGGUCUAACCUCGGCCCCUUAUAUAUUUACUAAGUGUUUUAGGCCAUUAGUUAGAUACUGGAGAAAACAUUCUGUAGAUGUUGUAGUUUACUUAGAUGAUGGAUUUGGGUUUGCUUCGUCUGAAGCCUUAGGCAAGGAGCGAUCUGGUUUUGUUAAAUCUUCUUUGUGCAGAGCAGGCUUUGUUUGUAACGAUCAGAAGUCAGUUUGGGAACCCACAAGACACCUUGAAUGGCUCGGGCUGAAUUGGAAUCUUGACAUAGGUGUGAUAUCUAUUCCUUCUAGGAGAUUAGAUAAUGUGAGAAACACAUGCGCAGGAGUUUUGGCAGGUUUACCGCAAUUCACAGCACGUAACCUGGCUAGUUUAACAGGACAAAUUAUCUCUCUUUCACCAGUUUAUGGGGAUGUCUGCAGACUUUUGACUAGACGCAUGUAUUCAGUAAUACAAAGAGCUUCAAGUUGGGAUAGA